GACAGGGGUGUCUAUGGCUGCCACUAAGACCAGGGUAAAGACGCCAAAUGCUGACGUUUCCCCAAUUCUCAAAUGCCAUCCGAUACAGUGCUGUACAAUGUUUCUACGUGAAUGACUAACAGUGAAAACAGAAUUGUAGCGGAGACGGUGGAGGGAUGGCAGGAGUAGAGACGAUGGCCAGAGAGGAGAAUGGCCAGGCGGGGGACCAGGUGACCUCACUGAGCAGAGCAGUGGAGAGGAAGAGGUACACCCCUGUGCUUUUAGAAGAGCAGGAGAAGGAGGCGGAAGACCUCAGGUCUGUACUGACCAGGAAGCUCAAAAAGAAAUGUCUCUGCAGCCCGAGCCGAGCCAAAGAGCUGGUGCUGGGCUUCUUCCCGAUUCUGAGCUGGCUGCCCCAGUACAGGCCCAAGGAGUGCCUGUUGGGAGACGUGAUGUCCGGCUUGAUCGUGGCUAUCCUCCUGGUGCCCCAGUCCAUCGCUUACUCCCUCCUGGCUGGCCAGGAACCUGUCUAUGGGCUCUACACCUCCUUCUUCUCCUGCAUCAUCUACGCGGUGCUGGCCUCCUCGCGCCAUGUCUCAGUGGGGAUAUUCGGUGUGCUUUGUCUGCUGGUGGGCCAGGUGGUGGACAGGGAGCUUCAGGCAGCCGGCUACACCUCUGAAGGGGGUAGAAACCAGACUGGGAUGACUGGAGCAGGCAACCUCACUGCAGGGAUGACCUGUGACCAGAGCUGCUAUGCCAUAUCUGUGGCAACCAUGCUCACCUUCAUGGCAGGGUUGUAUCAGGUGCUGAUGGGGCUUUUCCAGGUGGGUUUUGUCUCGGUGUACCUGUCCGACUCCCUCCUGAGUGGUUUUGCCACGGGGGCCUCCCUCACCAUCCUCACCUCCCAGGUGAGGCACCUCCUGGGGCUCAAGCUGCCACGGGUGCAGGGCCUGGGCUCCCUGGUGAAAACCUGGGUCAGCCUCUUCCAGAACCUGAAGGACACCAACCUGUGCGACCUCGUCACCAGCCUGCUGUGCCUGCUGGUGCUGGUGCCCACCAAGGAGCUGAAUGACCGCUACAAGGCCAAGCUCAAGGCUCCGAUCCCCACGGAGCUGCUGGUGGUCAUUGUGGCCACCCUGGCCUCCCACUAUGGGCGCUUUGAGGAGCGGUUCCACUCCGGCGUGGCGGGCACCAUCCCCACCGGGUUCCAGCCCCCACAGAUGCCCGACUGGUCCCUGAUCCCCAACGUGGCCCUCGACGCCUUCUCCAUCGCAAUCAUCGGCUUCGCCAUCACCGUCUCCCUCUCUGAGAUGUUCGCCAAGAAGCAUGGCUACACCGUGGACGCCAACCAGGAGAUGUACGCCAUCGGCUUCUGCAACAUCCUGCCUUCCUUCUUCCGCUGCUUCACCACCAGCGCCGCGCUCACCAAGACGUUGGUCAAGGAUUCCACCGGCUGCCACACACAGCUCUCCAGCCUGGUCACUGCCCUGGUGCUGUUGCUGGUGCUGCUGGUCAUCGCCCCCCUCUUCUACUCCCUGCAGAAGUGUGUGCUGGGUGUUAUCAUCAUCGUGAACCUGAGGGGGGCGCUGCGCAAGUUCGGUGAGAUUCCCCAGAUGUGGCGGGUGAACCGGGUGGAUGCAGCCAUCUGGCUGGUCACCAUGGCAACCUCAGCCCUGGCCAACACCGAGCUGGGCCUGCUGGUGGGCGUGGCGUUCUCUGCGUUCUGCGUCCUGGCUCGCACUCAGAGGGCGCGGGCAGCCAAGCUGGGCCGGGCGGGCGAGAGCGGUCCCUACGAGGACCUGAGCGCGUACAGAGGCCUGCAAGCCCAUGCCGGCUUCAUCGUCUUCCGCUUCGAGGCUCCCGUCUACUACGCCAACCAAUCCCUGUUCAAGAAAGCGCUUUACCGCUGCACUGAGCUGGACCCUGUCCAGGAGGCAGCCCUGCGGAGAAAAGAGCAGCAGCAGCAGAACAAGAAGCGGAAGAAGGAGAAGGACAAAGAAAAAGAGGAAGAGGCCGGGUUAGAGGGCAGGGGAGGGGCUAGUCCAGACAGCGGCGUGGCCACAGUGGCCCAGCUUAUUGUGCCAGAGAAGCGCAGUUUUCACACAUUGGUCAUAGACUGCGGUCCGGUGCUGUUUCUGGACACGGCCGGUGUGAAUGCCUUGAAGGAGGUUUACAGAGAUUAUAAAGAGCUGGGAGUCGGGGUGCUCCUGGCCCAGUGCAAUCCCUCAGUACUGGACUCCCUUCGAAGGGGGGGCUAUCUGCAGCAGGGCAGCGACGAGGCACAGCUGGUGUUUUGUACCAUCAGCGAUGCCGUCGGAUCCACUCAGAGCUACUGCACUGAGAAUGGAGGCUGUGAGAUAGACUCCCACUGCUGAACAUGAUGCCAGGAGCAUUCAGACAUACGUAAAAUACAAAUGUAUAGAGAUAGAUGUUAUGCAAUAUGAAGUGCCUUAUAAAGCGGUGUAUUUCAGAGUUUAAAGAUGCACAGUCACAAUGAAUCACUCUUUUUUUUAUUUGGUUCAGGGUAAUCAUGAAGCUAGUGGACGUGUGCUUUGUAAAUAUGAAUCAAGAGCUUUGUUAAGGUCUGAGAUUUUAUUGCAGGGAAUAAUAUAUUUCUGUUGCUUAUGUUAAUCCCUCCAGUUGUUCAAAGGAAUAUAAUUACGUAAUUGUUAAAUUAUGUAGGAUUAUUUUGAUAUACAGUGCAUUUACUGUCCUUCAGUACACUAGAAUCAUUCAGCAUUAUACAAAUGAUAAACAAAUCUUCAAAGAAGGUAACACUACCUUGAUAAAUGACGUUUUAAAUGUGCCUCUGGGUUAUCUUUCUGAUUUCCAUGAUCGUGUAAAUAUUGAACAAAGAGAUGAGAGAUUCGUUUCCACUUUAAAUGUCAAUGAAAACGAUGACAGUGCAAUUUUAAAUUCUGAUGGAAGGUUUCUAACAAAGUUAAAGAAAUAACUGCGUUGCUGUGCAGAUUCUAUGGAUCUCAGAUCCUGACAAAAUCAAAGACACAAACAGGGAGGGUGUCCAGACCCCCUGCUCACAGCCCACAUGAAUUACUCUGCUGUUACAAAGUAAUUUGCAAUUGCCUCAAAUUGCAUUUAAUAAAUGGGAACAAAGAGGAAGUAAACUGCAGUCUAACUACAUUCCAAAGAUAUAUCCUGCACUUUCACUGCCUUUACAUUGCAGAUCCUUAUAUAUAGAGCAUGCACAUAGAGGCACUCUCACUGCCUUUACAUUGCAGAUCCUUAUAUAUAGAGCAUGCACAUAGAGGCACUCUCACUGCCUUUACAUUGCAGAUCCUUAUAUAUAGAGCAUGCACAUAGAGUAAUGUAUGGGUCACAAUAUAUCAUCACACAAUAAUGGGUCUCAAGUUGCAUUUUGGUAUUCCCAGCUCGAACCCAGCGAGAGACAUGUAUUGUUGUGUGCUAAUGUUUUCUGACCCAUAUGUUAUUUUAUAUAGUCUGUUAUAAUGGCGGUUUGUUUAAAUAAAGCUGCUGACCAAGGAAUGGCAUGACGUAGGAACAUUUAUAUUAUAGGAAUAUAUUUUUUGCAGAUACCUACGUAUGUACAUGAAGAUUACAAGAAUAUAUUGUUUUCAGUAUAGCAUUCUAUUACCAGAGCAACAUCUGCUCUGCCCGUGUGCCUGGAAGCUGCUCACCUGCAGACACUAGAGCCCUUGUAAAGACCUGGAAAGACUUGACUUGUGAAGACCAGAGUCUGUCUAAGUAGGGCUUUCCUGUCCGUGCCAGUUUAUUUUUCUACUGAAACACUGCCCUCUUGUGGGAUAGAUUAUAAAAACAGUUAUCCUUGAGUGGCUCAACAUGAUCAUGGUAAUAUUACAAGGUAACAAAGAAGAUGCAGUUCAUACGAAGCAAGGUGACAGCCCCCAGAGCCACAUCGUUUCUUAAGUUUUUACACUAGUUACAGGGUGAAUAAAUAAAUGUAUGCUUCUCUAGGAGACAGUGAAAUCCAAGUCUGUGACAAAUGUAUUUGUACUCUGUACCAUGACUAGCUGGAUUUUAUCAUGUAUUCAGGGCAGCAGUGUGGAGUAGUGGUUAGGGCUCUGGAUUCUUGACCGGAGGGUCGUGGGUUCAAUCCCAGGUGGGGGACACUGCUGCUGUACCCUUGAGCAAGGUACUUUACCUAGAUUGCUCCAGUAAAAAACCCAACUGUAUAAAUGGGUAAUUGUAUGUAAAAAUAAUGUGAUAUCUUGUAACAAUUGUAAGUCACCCUGGAUAAGGGCAUCUGCUAAGAAAUAAAUAAUAAUAAUAUUCUAAUUAUGUAUUCUGAUUUGUAAUAAAUUGAUCUGUUUUAUCAUGGUG